CGACCCAAUGCGGCUGUGCAGAUUGGUGCGCAUGCGCAAUGAGUUUGUUCCCGGAAGUACGCGCACAUGCUCUGCUGAAACAACCUUGGAAAGCCUGCAAAACAACUACUUAUCAAGCCUAUACCACAACGAACCAGAACAAAGAUGCCAGUAACGAGACUACUAUAUCCUUUGUACCAACUGGGUAACCCACAGCUGAGACUCUUCAGACCAAACUGGUUCUUGAAGCUGGUACGGCCUGGAAGAGAGCAGCCUACUGACACCGUCCAGUUCCGCAUCCCAAUGGAAAUGACAAAGUAUGAUGUCAAAAACUAUCUGGAGAAGAUAUACAAUGUUCCAGUGGGAGAAGUUCGCACAAGGAUACAGUAUGGUUCCAACAAGAAGAGGAAUCACCUCAACCAGAGGGUGAAGCAACCUGACUACAAAGUAGCUUAUGUUCAACUGGCUGAAGGCCAGACGUUUGCCUUCCCUGAUAUCUUCCCGGCAAAGAUCAGCACGCCAGCAGAGGGUUCACUGGAAGAGAUGCAGGAGAAGUUCAUGGAGGAUGAGAAGCAGAGGCAGAAACCUGACCCGAGGAGAGGAGGGGUCACCGAGUGGUUCGGACUCUGAGGCUGCUCACAUAUUGUGUGUGUGCGCGCAUGCGCGUGUGCGUGUGGGCAGGGCGGAGGCUGUCUCACAGGCUGAAACACACCGAAGAAGCAACUGUUGGGAUGCCAUAUCCAUUUCUGCAUACAAAGCUCACCAGCGUGCACAUGUCUGCAUCUGUUCUUCUGUCCGUGUGCGUGCGUGUUUCUGUGAGAACUCAAUAACCAGAGCCGUAACAGAAUCCUCAGAGGAGGCGAACGGCCCGGCCUCCGUAUUUCAUUAAACUAUCCCACCAUACAGCACCUCCAUCACCGCAGUUGACCUCCUCUGAGACUUUGUUUCUCCCGCCUCCUUCUGCGGGGCCACAUCUUUUCUCCCCAAAAUCCCGUUUGCACGGAAAUCUCAUUUCGAGUGAAUAACAAACAUGAAAAUUGUACAUGAACACUUGAGUAGCUGUUAAUAUUUGCAACAUUCUUGCCAAGUGUAAAGAGAAAUUAACCAUUGUUCGUGUUAAAAUGUAGCACAAUAAAGUCCUCUUAAAACUUUAUAAAGUCCAAGAUGUCACCUGUCAUGACGGUCACACAAGAAGUUGAAGAACCCCCUGCUAAUGUACAGUAUAGUGUCAAUCAUUGAAGCGCGCUACCUUAAAUUUAAUGAACGAUAAAGACACUGUAGACUAAAGUUUUGGGACAGUGCUUAAGUCAUACAGCAACAUCUCGUAAACCAAAAAUAUUGAAAAUUUACUUUUUAAUGUUUGUAUACAUACAGCUGGUUGUCUGGCGUGCGUUGGCGUGACACAACCAACUACAAUCUUUUGUUAUUGUCUCUUUCUGAAAGCGCGAGGGCAAGCCCCUCUGCACUUCCAUCUCACUGUUAACUGAACACCGAGUUGCUCAGCCAAUGACUGGCAGUUAGGCUGGCUUUGACAUGGCGGCUGAGGCACAAUUUUGUCAAAGCCAAAGGGUAAGCAGAUCUGCACGGAGUGUUAGCACAGAUUAUCACGUGCUAACAGUGUUACCAGCAUGAUUAUAAUAUUCAGGUUAAAGUGAUGAUGUUAGGGUGAGAGGAGUAAAGCCUGUUAUUUUUAUUUUUUUUAUUUUUUAAUGACUCCUUUAAUGUCUUGUGCAAUAUUGCUUAGGAGCAAUAUGGAAUCCACUUUAGAGGUGUCCUUUUUUUUGUUAAUUUGUUUUGUUGUCCAAUACCAAACGAUGUCUGUGGUUCACUGCAACUUCAUCCAUGCUUUGUCCAUCUUUCGUCCUCUUCCGCAUGUUUCUACACUGGUCUUCCUCUGACACGGCACGAAUAGAAGUGGUAUGGUAUUCCUUACAGCUUUUACUUUCGGCCAGUUGGAAGAGACCGCCAGGACAACCCACAUCCUUUUCUUUUUAUGAGUUUGCCUUGGAUUAAUUGACCAAUUUAGGUAAACAACAUUUGAGAUAUUUCAGCAAAGCAACAUCAUGCAGUGUUUUAUUAUUUAGUUAUAGCACCUCUUGCCAUGAGUUGAGAAAAUCUGUCUAAUUGUUACUGCUUGUUGCAAUAAGAAGCAAUAAACAGUCACUUGCCCAAAA